CGCUGUCAUUUUUUCCGCGCCAGAAUCAUACAGAGCAAAUGCCAGACUUAAAAAUUGUUAAUACGUAUGAAAGGCCCCGUCCAAGUGUUGGAGAGGGAGGGGAUCGGCCCUUUCAUGUGGGCUUACAUAAUAGCUCUGCAUGGACCAUCAACAGACUACCAUAGCAACUUACAUGAACAACAAGAGAGCCGAGUAAAACUUCUUUUCAACUAGUGGUACAGUCCUCUAUCCUGUAUUUCCAAGUUACGGUUACACGAGCGGCGAGGGAAGUACAUGCCCCAUAGUCUUAAACCAAUAGAAGCAUGGAGUGAGAACUCCUGGUUCGUUGAGACGGUGACUGGAGUUUUGAUCAUAUCCUGUCGUUCUUUUUUCUCUUUUUUUGCAGCCUCUUACUUAGUCUACGUGCAGUUUAUGUGGGUUGUUCAAAGAGGAGAGGAAACUUGGACUAGAUAGAGGCUGUUCUUCUUCGUUUUCCUACACGUAGUUGUUGACGUACAGUCGGUCCAGAAGCCAUCUCUUGCUCCAUCUGUGUGUGUGUGUGUCAGACGUCGCCAUGACGGACCGCUUCGACUGCUUCUAUUGCCGUGACGACCUGAAUGGUAAGAAGUACAUACGGAAGGAGGAGAAGCCAGUAUGCAUGCGCUGCUUCGAGAAGUUCUGCGCUAACAACUGUGCCGAGUGCCGACGCCCCAUCGGCGCCGACUCUAAGGAGCUGCACCACAAGGGUCGCUACUGGCACGAGGCCUGCUUCCGCUGUGCCAAGUGCUACAAGCCGCUGGCCAAGGAGUCCUUCAGCACCAAGGACGACCGCAUCCUGUGCGGCAAGUGCAGCUCCCGCGAGGACGCGCCGCGCUGCCACGGCUGCUACAAGGCCAUCCUGGCAGGUGCUGAGAAUGUGGAGUACAAGGGGAACGUGUGGCAUGAGGACUGCUUCACCUGCUACCAGUGUCAAAAGCCCAUCCGCUCACAGAGCUUCAUGACCAAGAACGACAACGUCUACUGCACCGGCUGCCACGAGAAGAAGUUUGCCAAGCUCUGCUUCAAAUGCAAGCAGCCCAUCACCACUGGAGGUGUGAACUACCAGGAGCAGCCGUGGCACGCGGACUGCUUUGUGUGCACCAAGUGCCGGAAGCCGCUGGCGGGGACGCGCUUCACGUCCCACGAGGACAAGGCCUUCUGCGUCGACUGCUACAAGAGCACGGUGGCCAAGAAGUGCACUGCCUGCAACAACCCCAUCACAGGUUUUGGCAAGGCCACUAACGUCGUGAACUAUGAGGGCGGCUCGUGGCAUGAGUACUGCUUCAACUGCAAGCGCUGCUCCGCGAACCUGGCGGACAAGCGCUUCGUCGCCGAGUCCGGAUCCAUCUACUGCUCCGACUGCGCCAAAAAGGUCUAAGCAUGUGCAGUUAGACUCCACGCUGUCUGGAAUGGAUCAUCAUCACCACCCAAAGGCAUGGGCGUGAGGUCAGCGGGGACACGCCCAUAACACGUUUGGGAUGAACCUAAAUUCAACCCAACAACUUUUUCACAAGCAUUAUGCAAAAAUAAGACACGUGGACAAUUUGCCCUAUUUACUGUCGGUCACCACCACUUUCCGAACCAAACCUAACCCCUUGCCCGAAAGACCCUUUGACCUGCCAUACAGGAUAUGGCGCAAUUAUGUACAGAAUAGCAGCGUUAGUGCCACUCCUAACUAAAUGUUAACGUCCUCAGAUGUGUAGAUAUGUUUCCACAUCAUCAUGUAACUCAUCUGAUUCCAAUGAGGUACUUUAUAUUAUAUGAAUUAUUCAUUUGGUCUGUAUGUAUGCCUCUUUGAUCUGUCAUGUUUGUUUUUUUCUUGUUUUCUUGAGGAUUGAUUGAAAUGUGUACACCUACCCACCCCCCCUUUUUUUGUCAAUCAGUGUUACAUGGGUGUUUACUCUAGUUGCUCUGUAGAAUUACCAAACAGUGCCUAAUACCCAGUGUUUCAAUCAAUGUCUAUAAUGCUCCAAUCUAAAUAAUACUCUCCAUUCCACUCCAUUGCAUUUAGUAGACAACUUUAACCAAAGCGACUUGGAAAAGAAUACAGAAAUGAAAAGGAAAAAAAAAUAAACAAAAGCAAACAUUUUUGCUAAAUAUAAUGGAACCUGUGGAUUAUUUUCUCUUUGUGUGCCUUAAUUAAAGAUAUAAAUCGUAAUGCUGUGGAAUAUUGGUCAUGGGAUUCUUACACCCUAAUAAAACUAUGGCUACACUUAAAGAUCCAGUGUCCUUCACUGUUGCUAUGCUGUGUCUAAACAAAUAACAAAUGUAAGCUGCCGAAUGCACGCUUUAUUCAUUUCAAAGAACCGUGAGCGGGCCCUGCCGUGGGUGAGGUCAUUUCCUGAUCCUUCCCCGUCUCUCUCUCCCACUCACUUCCUGUCCCAUUCUUCACUGCCCUGUCUG